AUGCAGACUGCUUCUACACACAUUUGUGAAAAAAUGGUUCGCUCUCAGGAGCUCAAUGAAUUCAAGCAUUGUACAGUCAUAGGUUGCCACCUGUGCAAUAAGUCCAUCCAUGAAAUUUCCUUGCUACUAAAUAUUCCACAGUCAACUGUUAGUGAUAUUAUAAAAAAGUGGAAGCAGCUGGGAACAACAGCAACUCAGCUAUGAAGUGAGCGGGGGUCAGUGCAUGCUGAAGCGCGCAGUGCGCAGAAGUCGCCAACUGUCUGCAGAGGCAAUAGCUAAAGACCUCCAAACUUUAUGUGGCCUUCACAUAAGUACAACAGCGCAUAGAGAGCUUCAUAGAAUGGGUUUCCAUGGC